GUUUCGCUGCAACCUCUCGUUGGUCCGCCAUCCUUGCGGCUCUUUGCAGAAGGGCACGAAGAAGACCGAACCAAGGCGCAAACAAGCUGGCCCUUCUUUCUCCCAACAUGCUGUCCAGGCUCGUUAUACUUUCAGCUAAUUCCCUGAAAAGCAGGGGGCACCUUGGAGCUGGGCUGGUCCAGGCAUCUCGCUCCCUUCACACAUCGUCCCAGAGUCUGGCCCCGUUGCCACCCCUUCCAGAAACGGGAGGCAAAGUCCGCCAUGGCUUCUUCCCGGAGGAGCUUUUCCAGCUCCUGUACCCUAAAACUGGUGUAACAGGACCCUACAUGCUGGGUACUGGUCUGCUGACCUACUUGCUUUCCAAGGAAAUUUACGUCAUCAACCAUGAGACUUUUAUCGCCAUCUCCGUGCUCUCCAUCAUUGUGUAUGGUGUCAAGAAAUUUGGCCCGAGCGUGGCAGCUUAUGCUGACAAAAUCGCCGAGGAACAAGUGUCCAGGGCUCAGGAGGUGAAGGACCACGCCAUCGUUGUUUUAAAUCAGGCUAUUGAGGAUGAAAAGAAGGAGCAGUGGCGAGUAGCGGGACGCUCAAUGCUGUUUGACGCUAAGAGGAACAAUGUGGCCAGGAUUCUGGAGACAAACUACAGAGAGAGAUUGCACACGGUGACCAAUGAGGUGAAGCGGCGCCUGGAUUACCAAAUCGCCCUGCAGGACCUGCAGCGCCGCAUGGCCCAGGAGCACAUGGUCAACUGGGUGGAGAAGAGUGUUGUAGGCAGCAUCACCCCUCAGCAGGAGAAAGCGAGCAUUGCCAAGUGCAUCACAGACCUGAAAGCUCUGGCUAAGACCACACAGGCCAAAGCUACAGUCUAAACUGUCCAAUCUUCUACAAACUCUUUGUUCCAAGAUGAGACGGGCACUUUGUCUUUACAACGCCAACUCUGCCCCUUGUGGUCAGUCUCUCACUCUUGUGGGUGUGUACAGUCCUUCCACAUCAGCUGAUAGUCAAAUAAAAUAAUUCCUAUUCAACAUAA